GUCAAAACAACGCCAACAACUUCAAGAUGGCUGCGACCAUAAAAAGUGAUUUUUUGCAGUUUUGAGGGGAAAUGUAGACUUUUUCAUGCUUUUCUUUCCAGCUGUGGCCAAGUUGACGCGUAUUUAUUGUUAGACAAUGGAGAAACCAAUCGGGUUUGAUAUUCAGACCGAAUGGGAGAUUAAAGGAGGGGUGUAUAUUGGACAUAUUUUAGAGAAAUGUGAUGAUGGGUCUUUAACGCCUGAUGAAAUAGAUGACACUUAUGCAAGCAGUGUGAUUCUCACCAAUCCAAAUAAUGCCGCAACAGAGCCCACCACAGUCUGCACCAUAAACUUAGUGCCCUCGCACAACAACACAGAUGUGUUUAUUGAGGGAAUAUCAUUAAUCAGUGAGGCAAAGUUCAUAGAAGUCCACUCGCAGAAGCAGGGUUACCUUGGUACUGGAAAGGGGACACCAAUCAAAAGUACGAGUGGAGCAGAGAUUUAUGUUAAGGAUGUUCUCUUUGAGAAGCCAGUGCCAGAAUGUUCGAUCAAGUUUUUGAAGUAUGAAAAUAAAGACCAGCUCCGGGUCUUCAAAAUUAGAGUGAGAACAAGAGGUGUGUCGCCAUCAAUGUCAACAGGUAGCAUCAACUAUGACAAAGUGCAGGAACUCCUUGACGACAUGGGCCAGACCAUACCAGAUGAAGCAAAGAGUAUGUUGCAGUCUGUCAGAAACUACCAGCAGUCUCAUGUUGGAGCAUCCAGCAUGAUGUCACCUGGAGGAGGACAAGCUGCAGGAAUGACAGGACUCUUAGCUAUGAUGUCUCGUCUGUCAACUGCUGAUGCCACGGGAGUCACUAGCCCCACGUCACAAUCUAUAACUGAGGGAGAUUUAAUGAACAUGAUGCAGGGCAUGAUGGGGGGACAGACGUCAGACUCUUCUGUCAUGCUAGAUUCACUCCGUAAUAUCUGUGGAACUGUUUCAAAGCAGCGCCAACUUGAAGAAACUGUUUCAAAGGUGGCACCACCUGUAGGUGAUUCAAGUAGUAUGGAAGCUACUACACCUGAAGCUGUCUUAGAAGUUGUUGAUAAAAAGAUUUCGGACAUGGAAAAGAAAAUUAUGACAAAUGUAGAUGAGAAGCUCCAAGGGGUGGAGACGCGGAUCAUGAGUAAAUUAGAUUUGUUACUCAAUUUAAUGGCAGAUAAGCCGCCUGGUGGUGAAUCUACCAGUGCAAAGACUGGGGGAGAUGGUGAUAUGGCAUUAGACUGAAAGUCUAGGGGAUAUGGCGAUACAGUGACGUCAAUGUUUGACUGAGAGUCAAUGAUUUGGACUGUCUGUUCUGACGUUACCCCUUCCUCGUUUCGAGUUUGCCAGCAAUUUUAGUGCUGUCACUUAUCCUUAUCAGAGAGUUGUGUGCAUGCAGAUCAUUUCCUCAGGACAGAGGCUCAGUUUCGAGAUUUUUUACCAAAAUACAUCCUAUUAUUUCAUUGAAUAAAGGCAAUAUUAUUGAA